GCUAGUGCGUCAUUGGCAUGGACCCAGGGGCAGAUCGCUAAACUUGACAGCUGUCCCGUCGCUGUUGCCGACCUGUCAGCUUUCACUCCUCCCAAUCACUAACAAGGGGAUUGAUUCACAUCAACUCCACCAAAGUAAACAAUUGACUGGAGCAAAGUCACCAGCUACACUACAAUAUUCAAGGCUUCAAAGAAGUCCCUUUUCACGUCAUGAUACCCGGGCCUCACCACUAUUGAUCCAAUCUCUUCCAUUCUCUUGUAAUCAUCACACGUACAAUCGUUCACAUUGCGCAUCAUACCAACCAAGACGCGUUUGUUUCUGCAUCAACACUGCUCACCCCCAAAAAGUGGGUCCCUCCACGAACCUCACCAUGUCCUCACCAACACCUUUAUCGACGACACCCUCACCACUCGACGCCGAGAUCGAAGCUCUCAAAGCCAAAGUCACAACCCUCAAAUCCCACCUCCGCAUUCAAACCUCCACCCUCAUCGCCUCCCCUUCUGUCUCUUCCCUACUCUCCAACCCGCCUUCCUCCUCGCACCUCAAACCAAAGGGCCUCACCCCAACCAUCCUCAAAUCCCUCCGCCACCACGCCUCCCUCCAAAAGGCGCACAACCAACAAUCCCUCUACCGGACCUGCGCCACCAUCACCACCUUCCGCGUGCAAGACCCGGACCCGAACGCGGUAGACGGCGGAGCCGUCCUCGGGUUAAGGAUAGAGGUCUUUGCGCGCGGGAGGUUCAUGAGGCCCUAUUAUGUUUUGAUGAAUCGACCUUGGUCGGAGGGGACCAAGAAUGGGAAGGGGAAUAACAGCAGCAGCAAAGAGAAGGAGAAGAGCAGAAGCAGCAGAAAGGCAACCACCGGCGGCGGGAGGUACGCAAACUGGCUGCGAGUCCAUAGACACACCGUGCCCCCUUGUAUUCCGAUUUCAGGAUUAGCAGCGCGAUAUUUACCGACACCGCCAUCAUCACGACCUGACAAAGAAGAAGAAGAAGAAGAAGAAGAACAAGGUGGUGUGAGGGAACAAAACCUUGUCAAGUUCGCUAGAAGCUUAAGAAGGGAGUUGGUGCGGUAUCAUCACCGUCUGGCAACCAUUACGGACCUACGGAGGGCUAUCCUGGCGCAAGACCAAACCGAGCAACAAGAAGAAAAGGGCCCAAACAAAAUACAAGACGUCAUCCCCGCCGAUGCCGAAGCGAAACAAAUCACUGUCGAAUGGGCAGGUGGUCAGACGGGACGGUUGGUGAUGGGUGAUGAUGGGGAGAUUGUGCAGGUUGUUGCGUUGAAUGGCGGUGGCGGUGCUGGUGGUGGUGGAGGGCAAGGAAAUGGAAGUGGGAGGGAUAGAGAGGUGGUUAGGGAGUUGGUCGGGAGUGCGAAAAGGGUGGAGGAUGUUGUUAGGCGGUUGGGGUCGGGAACAAAGGCUCACUUGCCUCUUUCCAUCUCCAACCAAAACUCCUGUGACCACUUCAUGCACUCACUCCAGUCAUUCUCGGCUUCAGUUUCGGGCACCAGCACUCGAACUUACCUUGGAUCUUUACUUGGGCCAGCCCGGGGUACAUCAAUCAUGCCGUCACUCGGUCCACCACAUGCCUUGGAAAGGCACGGCCCGGUAGUGGAAGGGGGUACAGCGUUGGAAGUGCAACAAACUUCAUUGGUCGAUCGUGGUUUGGUGACUGAUCAGCGUUCCUGGGGUUUGGAAGAUGUGGGUGGUCUGGACUGGUGUGGUGUGGUGUAG